AUGCCUCCCAAAAGAAACUCCAGCACCUCCACCCUCCAAAACCCCUCAGACCUAACCCUCCUCUUCAAACACACAACGCACACAAUCCUCCUCCUCGUACCCACCACCCAACCCUUCACCCAAAUCCUCACAAGCCUCCUCUUCGUCCUCCAAGAACGAUACCCGGACGGUCUCAACCCACCCAGCACAUCCACAACCACCACCCAAACCAACCGCAAAACUCCCCUCCCAAGUUCAAUCCAAGAUAUAGCACUAGGUAUUCCGCUCGAUCUGUACGAGCCUAAAAAAGGAUGGUCAGAGUUACAGUUGGGAUUAGGUGAUACGCCUGAGUCGUUGGGGUUGAAAGAGGGAGGAUUGGUUGCGUUUAGGUUUUUGGCGGGGGAUUCUGAGGGGGACUUUGAGGUGCAGUGGCCGAGUUAUGAGGAGUAUGGGGAGGGUGAAGAUGGGGAUGAGGAUGCAGGGGAGAGGAUGGUGGGUGGUGGUGGUAGUGGGGAGGAGGAGGAAGAUGAGCUUUAG